AUGCCGCCGCCGACAUCCUCCAACACGCCCCCAUCCACCCGUCACCACGCCUGGAGCACCACCAGCGUCAAGAGCGGGAGUACCAGUGGCCAGCAACAGCAACAGCAACAACAGCAGCAGCAGCAGCAGCAGCAGGGUGGGCCCAGGAAAGAAUCAGAAGCCCCCGUGACGGUGCGCCGAUGGCUCGAGGGGCGCGACCAUCCCGCGCGAGAGGAUGUGCUGGACCGCGUGUCGCGCGCAUUUGGGCCCAAGGAGAAUGGUGUGGGCGGGGCGAAGGUCAAGAUGAAGUUGUAA